CCCCCCCGCGCGCGCGCCGCCCAGCGCUCUCGCCUCCAGCUGCCAGCCAAGGAGCCAAUUAGCACUCGGCGAGGCUGUGGCCACUUCCUCGUCCUCUCCAGCGAGCUCCCGGGACAGCUCGGGCGGCCGCGGGGCGGGGCGGGGCGGGGAUUGCGCGGAAGAUCUUUGCCUGCGUUCGCCGGUCGGAGCAAAGGGUGGGCGCAGGUCCUUGAAGGCGCGACACUCCAUACCCUACAAAAAGAAACUUUGGGGCGCCGGGAGUGUCGGCCGGCGGGGCAUUCGGUUGGCUUUUCGUUCGUGGUCUUUAGUAUCAGCUGCACCAGGAAGCGAGAUGUCGAAGCCGCCACCCAAACCGGUCAAACCAGGACAAGUUAAAGUGUUCAGAGCUCUUUAUACAUUUGAACCCAGAACUCCAGAUGAAUUGUACUUUGAGGAAGGUGACAUCAUCUACAUUACUGACAUGAGUGAUACCAAUUGGUGGAAAGGCACCUCCAAAGGCAGGACUGGACUAAUUCCAAGCAACUAUGUGGCUGAGCAGGCAGAAUCCAUCGACAAUCCACUGCACGAAGCUGCAAAACGAGGCAACUUGAGCUGGUUGAGAGAGUGUCUGGAGAACCGAGUUGGCGUUAAUGGCUUAGACAAAGCUGGCAGCACUGCCUUGUACUGGGCUUGUCACGGGGGCCACAAAGAUAUAGUAGAAAUGCUAUUUACUCAACCAAACAUUGAACUGAAUCAGCAGAACAAGUUGGGAGACACAGCUUUGCAUGCAGCUGCGUGGAAGGGUUACGCAGACAUCGUCGAGUUGCUUCUGGCCAAAGGUGCUAGAACAGACUUACGGAACAAUGAGAACAAGCUGGCUCUGGACAUGGCUACUAACGCUGCCUGUGCAACUCUCCUGAAGAAGAAGCAGGGAACAGAUGGUGUUCGAACAUUAAGCAAUGCUGAGGAUUAUCUUGAUGAAGAUGACUCAGAUUAAUUCCCUUCUGAAGCUUGAAGAGCUACAACGUCUGUUGCUUUUGCCAUUCCAAAACCUUGUCUUUGCCAGAAGAGUGUUGGUAACAGUUUUUUUUAAGUCUGUAUGAACAUGGCAGUAUUGCACUGUAUUUGAGUAGAACAUGUAAAUGAAUAGUUCUCACCUUUGGUUUGCCAAUAAGUGACUGGAUACUUUGCUGUGUAAAGUACAUUUUUGUUCACCAGAGUAGAACAACAAGAAGAGAUUAUUGCUAUUUAUCAAGUUAAAGGAAUUUUAAGAAUUUAUUCUUUAAAAAAAUUAGGAUUUUUUUUUUUUAGUUAAAGUUCUUUACCUCAAGGAUUGAGCUAUUUUGAAUGGAUUUUUCAAGGGGGGAGAUGCUUAUUGUAAUAAUAAACCAAAAGAUAACAGGAAAUCGUCAGUUAUUCUGACAGAAAUAAACAUUUUAAGAGACUUUA